AUGUCCGAUAUCAUCACCCCCCAGUACUCCCCAGAGGAGAUCGAACGCUUCAAUGCAGAGCUCGACGGCAAGACCCCACAGGAGAUUCUUACCUGGGCCAUCGACCACCUCGACGGCUUGUACCAGACCACUGCUUUUGGCCUCACUGGUACUGCUGCUGUGGAUAUGGUCUCUAAAAUCUCAUUAUCGAGGGAAGAGACUCACCUUGUUCCUCUUAUCUUCCUCGACACCCUCCACCACUUUCCCGAAACCCUCGAGCUCGCCCAAACCAUGGCCGACACCUACCUCGCCCCUUUGCACAUCUACAAGCCCCCCGGUGUUUCUACCGCCGAGGAGUUUGCUGCUAAAUACGGCGACAAGCUCUGGGAGAGUGAUGAGGGGGCGUACGACUACCUGGUCAAGGUUGAGCCCGCUGCCAGGGCGUACAAAGAGCUUGGUGUGAAGGCGGUCAUCACUGGGAGAAGAAGAAGCCAGGGGGCCGACAGGGCCGACUUGAAAGUGCUCGAAGUUGACGAGCGGGGUUUGACCAAGGUCAACCCCUUGAUCACAUGGGCUUUCAAGCAAGUCAAAGAGUACAUUGACAAAGAACAAGUACCCUACAACCCCCUCCUGGACAAGGGCUACCGAUCUAUCGGUGACGUCCACUCCACCGCCGCUCCCGACCCCAACGCUGCUAGCGACGCUUCCGAGCGCAGUGGCAGAUGGCAAGGCAAGGCCAAGACUGAAUGCGGCUUGCACACCAACUAUUUCGAGAUGAAGAAGAAGUUUGAGGCAAAGGCCGCGGCCGAGUCGGCCACGGCGGCUGUCGAGCUCAAGCAGCUGUAG